CGUCCAUGGUUGCAACCAUUCGCAAGUUAAGGAGUCUGAAACUUUGUUAAGCUUAAAAUGCCGCUAUUCGCUCAUGUUCUCUAAGCGAGAUGACGUGUCUUAUAUACAGCAGAGAGCUGGGCAGAUAAAGUAGACAUCCGGUGAAAAACAUUUAGUCAUUAGCAUUUUAGGUACAUUAGCCGCGGCUAACCCUGUUAGCUUCAAGUAGCCGAGGCUAAAAGUUUGUAAACGUCCGCAGGAGAGGCAGAGCUUUGUGACUUGGAGGAAGGAAGGAAGGGAAGUUCAUUAGCAGGAACACUGCUGCUUAUGCAAAGCUAGCAGACUCUGGGACCGCUAGCUUCUUUACGCGUUCAAAGGUGAUUAAAAAAACAAAGUUAAAGGAGGGGAAUUUAGCACCGUUAAGGUUAUUCUGUGUAGUGAGUAAUAAGUACGUUUUAGCAACAUAUUGUUUGGCUACUUUGCGGUUUCCUGGAGCUAGUCCGUUAGCAACACACUUCUGAACAAGUUGAGUUUUGCCUCUUGGUUUUAUUUGGGAACAUUUUAUUAAAUUAAUUCCGCCCGGACCGCUUCAGCAUCAAGGCGAGCGGGGAAGAGGACUCAUGGCAUCGGACGUGAUAGAGAGUGAGGCGGCGUUGAAGGGUGGAAGUGAUCCGAACAAUAGCUCAGCCGAGUCAGUCACACCCAGCAGGACUCACUGGGAUUUGGGAGACAGGCAGACAUCUAGUCCUUCAUCUUCCGGGGUGUCUGGAGAGGAAGGCGAAGAAGAGGAGGAUUUGCAGGUCAGUCUGGUCUCCGAAGUGGAAAAUGACGAGAAGUCGCUUCAAGAAAGUUUGAGCAAAUCUAGAAAUACAAUGCAGGGAAAAGUGCAGAAAGAUCCCGGAGGAGGAAGCUCUACCCCGGGUAGCCUUCCCAAGACACACUCCCCACCUGGAACAGCUGGAAGCUUCGAGCGGCAAGAGUCGGUUGCCACCACAGAAGCCCGUUUAAGAUUGGAAGGAGUUGAACUGAAGGAAGAAUGGCAAGAUGAAGACUUUCCACGGCCCCUCCCAGAGGAAGAGGAGCUUGAUGAGUUUUUUGCUGGAACCUGUGAAGAGACAGAGCCUGAAUAUGCAGAAAGUCAAGGUAAGAAGACCAAGAAAAAACUUCCUGCUCCAGACAUCAGUUUAACUCUGGACCGCAGCGACGGUUCUGUUCUCUCUGACGAGCUGGAAGAAAGUACAGAGCUGGAUCUCGAUGAAAUAGAGACCCCCUCAGACAACAGCAAUGAGUUUGAAUGGGAAGAUGAUCUCCCUAAACCAAAAACAACAGAACUACUCCAGAAAGGUGUAGAGACAGUCCAGGAAUAUUCAGCAUCAGAAGAGCGGGAGGAAGGACGACGAUGGAGGCUUUUCCAUAUUGGAGAUCAAGAUCACAGAGUGGAUAUGAAGGCUAUUGAACCGUACAAAAGAGUUAUCAGUCAUGGGGGUUAUUAUGGUGAUGGUUUGAAUGCUAUAAUUGUGUUUGCCGUUUGCUUCAUGCCUGAGAGCAGUCAACCAAAUUACAGAUACAUCAUGGAUAAUUUAUUCAAGUAUGUCAUUGGUACACUGGAACUGCUGGUUGCAGAAAAUUAUAUGAUUGUGUAUUUAAAUGGGGCGACGUCUAGGAAAAAGAUGCCGACUGUCGGCUGGCUCAGGAAGUGCUACCAGCAGAUCGAUAGAAGGUUACGGAAAAACCUAAAGUCAUUGAUAAUUGUCCAUCCCUCCUGGUUUAUUCGCACCCUGCUGGCACUCACAAAACCUUUCAUAAGCUCCAAGUUUACCCAGAAAGUCAAGUAUGUUUACAGCUUGACGGACCUUGCUGAACUCGUUCCAAUGGAGUAUGUGUCGAUACCAGAUUGUAUCAAACAGUUUGACGCCGAAAAAAAUAGGAAAAGCAAUCAAAGAAUCGACAAGGACAUGUCCGGGAAGGUGGAGACCGCUGCUGCUGCUGUUCCCGAGUGAUGGCACCACACUGCAACACCAGGAGGGGAACAACUCUUUUCCAUGCGUGAAUGUUCUGCUCGAUGUGACAGGAAUUUUAUCUCCCUGGAAAGUGCCUUUUUGAAGCAAUGCUGCCUGUUACAUUGAGACAUUUUGCUGCAUUUUUCUUUCCAUACAAACUAACCCAUGUCACUUUUCCCACCUGUUGUCUAAAGUGUUAUGUUUUUUUGUCUCCUAUGUAACUUCUAGCAUGGCUUCUGUAUCUUAGUUGUAUCCUCAUCUAUUUAAUGCACUCUGUUACAGGUGGUUUCUGCAUGUUCUGCUUUAUUAUAUUGGAAUAUAUAUAUUUAUAUUCAAAAGGUGUCAAAGGAAAAAAAUUAAUAUAUUUUUAUGAACUGAUUUUUAAACUACAAUUUUAGGUCUCAGGCUCACUGGGCUAGUAAUGGGAAAUGUUGAUGGCACCUUUUUCACUGUUCACUGCUGAUGUUCUGUUGAAAUCCUACCUUGGGAAAAUAAAGCUUUAUUUUGCUGCGCCUCACUGC